CGGGGAGGCGGCGCGCGGCCCGCAGCCCGCCCAUGGAGGCUUUCCCUUGGGCGCCCCGCUCGCCCCGCCGCGGCCGCGCCCCCGCGCCCAUGGCGCUCGUUCCCAGCGCCCGCUACGUGAGCGCCUCGGGCCCGACAAACCCUCAGCCCUUCAGCUCGUGGAACGACUACCUGGGGCUCGCCACCCUCAUCACCAAGGCGGUGGGCAGCGAGUCGCGCUUCGGCUGCGCCGGUGGCGGUAGCGGGGACGGCGGCGGCGGCUCCCCGCCCUCCUCCUCCUCUUCGUCCUGCUGUUCCCCGCACGCGAGCGCCGGGCCCGGGACGCUGGCACCAGCCCUGGGGCGACCCGACUACGACGAGGAGGAAGACGACGCGAGCGACGACCCGGGCUCCCGGGGCCGCUGCGCGGGGGGCGCGCUGGAGCUGCGCGCGCUGGAGCUGUGCGCGGGCCCCGCCGAGGCCGGGCUGCUGGAGGAGCGCUUCGCCGACCUGAGCCCCUUCGCGGGCCGCGCCACCGCCGUGCUGCUGGGCUGCGCGCCUGCCGUCGCCACCGAGGGGACUCCGCGUGGGGAAAGGGUCGCGGCGUGGGCGGCUGAACCCCGGCUGCACGCGGCCCCCGGGCCGGCCGCCGCCCGACUGCUCAAGCCGGAGCUGCAGGUGUGCGUGUUCUGCCGGAACAACAAGGAGGCGGAGGCGCUCUACACCACGCACAUCCUGAAAGGGCCCGACGGGCGCGUGCUGUGCCCCGUGUUGCGCCGCUACACGUGCCCCCUGUGCGGCGCCAGCGGCGACAACGCGCACACCAUCAAAUACUGCCCUCUUUCCAAAGCGCCGCCACCACCGCCUACCGCUCGGCCGCCGCCGCGCAGCGCCCGAGACAGCCUGGCGUGCAAGAAGCUGCGCUGAGGACCACAGCCGAUGUUGUGGGCUCGCCGAGCCGGGUCUGCUCCCGAGCCUCUGUGGCCGCCCCGGAACCCACUCGGCACGGGGUCUCGGGAGUUUGGCAAAGCAACCGAUUCUGAGGACGACUUUGGCGCUGAGCGCCUGGGACUGGACACUCAAGUCUGCAUCUCCCCGGUUUCUCGUGGCUGGGUGUUAUUUUCCGCUGGCUGAACACGGCAAUUCCGCGUACCUGUUUUAGAUGCGCAUCAGUAUGGAAUCUCGCUCUAAUCUUGGAUAUUUCGUUUUACCAACGGAGGCACCUUAUUAGGUCUGGAAUAUUUUUAAUGGCCUCUGAACUGAGCUUAAAACUGGCGAUUUUAUGGAAUGUCGACAAAAAUGACUAUUUUAUUGUUUGACGCAAGUAAUGCUUUAGUUGUCCUUAUUCAGUUACUCUAAUUCCAGGUGGGGUAAGCCCCUGGUGCCUUCACCGUAAACUUGACAGUAUUAGUUUGGACGGAGCUCGUUUCCUUCCUAGCUGGAGGUGUAAGACGUGCAUCUGUAGCAGAUAGAAUACAGCUCAUGCUUUUCUGUACCAGCUCUUUUAUUAUUCAACUAGCCUUUUUCACCUUUAGAAAUUGUGCCAAGUCAUAACCAUAUUGUGUAUACACUUGGAAAUGGUGCUGUUAAAGUGUAUUUAUAGUAUUAACAGUAUUUGCAUUUACUUAUGUCACAACUCCUAGUUGGCCUUUUCUCCUGGGCGUCCAACCCGCUUACAGCUCUCUGGAAAUGUUUGGUGUUACGACCAGAAGAGGGAGGAAGGUAACACAGGGGCAAUAGCCUAGCCUGAACUGCUUGGACUGGGCUCCACAGUGGAGCAAGGUUGACCCCAGCUGUCGCCUCUCACCGGCUCCUGGAGCUCUGGGAGGCUUGUGUACUAGCGUGCGAGGAAGGGCUUGGCUCUGCUGGGUCUGGCUCAUGCCAGGAUGUGCAAAGGCACU